UAAAAAAUUCUCCUUGAUGCGAAGAAAAGAAAAAUGUGAUGAUCCGAGAAAAUAAGAUGCGAACUUUGUGGUUGGACUUCCCGCUAUUUCGGGUUUUAACACAUCGAAAACAAAUUAAAAAAAAAAUAAAAAAAAUGGAGAGAGUCACUUGGCAAAACAUAAUGAUGAAAUGGUUAAAUCCAAUAUUAGCUAUAUCAAUUAAUUAGUAGAUUAAGCUAUUUUCGAUUAUUAUGGAUUUCAGUGACUGGCUAAUAAAAUAUUAAUCGUCUCUUCAAUUAAAAUUAAGUUUAAAACGCAUAGGGAGGGUUAUGAAAAACGAAAGCCUAAACAAGAAUUAGAGAAAUCAGAAAAGGUGAAUGCAUUUAACCUCUCGUGCGGAUUCGUCACUUUCACUUGUCCCCUCGCCGCAAGGAACAAAUUUUACAGAAGCUAUGGCACUUCGAUCGAUCAGCAGGAGGUUUGGGAGCAGAGUCUUGAGUUACCGUUCCUCCUCUCUUGCUUCCCUUCAUUCUCACGCCACAAGUUUCGGGUUUCAACAAGUGAAGGAAGAAGAGAAGAGCAAGUUGGUUGGUAACGUUUUCACCAACGUAGCUUCCAGUUACGAUAUCAUGAAUGAUGUCAUGAGCGGUGGCUUGCAUAGGCUUUGGAAGGAAAGACUCGUUGGGAAGCUGAGUCCAUUUGCAGGGAUGAAGCAUCUUGAUGUUGCCGGUGGAACAGGUGAUGUUGCGUUUAGGAUCUUUGACGCUGUUAACAGUGUUAAACGAAGAGCAUUGCGGAAAGUUGAUGAGGAUUCACUUGAAGAAACUCAGAUAUACGUGUGUGAUAUUAAUCCCAACAUGUUAAACGUUGGGAAACAACGUGCUGCUGAGAGAGGGUUAGGAGAUAACAAGUCACUCGUAUGGGUGGAAGGAGAUGCAGAGGCCUUGAGUUUCGAUGACAACUCAAUGGAUGGAUACACUAUUGCAUUUGGGAUAAGGAAUGUCACACACAUCGAAAAGGCUCUCGCGGAGGCCUACAGGGUACUAAAACGGGGAGGAAGAUUCUUGUGCCUUGAGCUCAGCCAUGUAGACAUUCCGGUCUUCAAAGAUGUAUACGAUUUGUAUUCAUUCAAGGUCAUUCCAAACUUAGGGGAACUAAUAGCCGGUGACCGGGAAUCUUACCAAUACUUGGUUGAGAGUGUUCGUCGGUUUCCCCCUCAGGAGAAAUUUGCAACGAUGAUAGCAGACGCAGGAUUUGAGAAGGUGGAGUACGAGAACCUUGUUGGUGGCGUUGUCGCCAUUCACUCUGCCAUAAAGCUCUGAUCUUUCUCCUUUCUUUUUCCUUGUGCAUUUUAUCGGCUUCCCAAACUGUAAAAGUUCAAACUUGAAAAAUAAAGCUCUGUCCAAGAGUGAAUUUGCUUCUUAAUUGUUAAAUUGUUCAAAUUAUUAUU